GCUUCUUGCAUCACAGACUAAAACACAUUUUAUGGAAGGCAACUGCAGUAAAAGUUCAUGUCACUGCUUCAAAUCUAAGCAUAUGUUGCUGUUUUUCUGAUGCUUGACUUUUUUGAGUGUCUAGAUUAAUCCUGGCUGAACCAUGUCAGAGACUGUACUGGAAGAAAUCUUCAUGAAAAGAUCUCAGCAGAAGAAGAAGACCUCGCCUUUGAAUUACAAGGAGAGAUGGUUUGUUCUCAACCAGGAGAAAAUAGCCUACUAUGAUUAUGAUUCUGACAAAGGGAAGCGAAAAGGUAUGAAAGGAUCAGUGGACCUCGAGAAGAUAAAGUGUGUAGAGAUGGUCCAACCAGAGCCCAAUACACCGCAAGAGCGCCUCUAUGCUUUCCAGAUCAUCUAUGAUGAGGGGCCGCUGUACGUUUUUGCAAAAAAUGAGGAUAUUCGGGAUCAGUGGAUAAAGAAGCUGAAAGAAAUGGUGCGCUUCAACAAGGAUCUCAUGCAGAAGUACCAUCCUUGUUUCUGGGUGGAUGGGGUGUGGCUGUGCUGCAAGCAGGAAGUAAAACAAGCUAUGGGCUGCACAGUGCUGGAUAGUAAGAACGGCUUUGCAUCUAAAGCAUCUCAGCGAAGAGCAUCCAGGAAACCUCUUCCUCCAACCCCAAAAGAGGAGAAGUCUGUACGACCUUUACCCCCACAACCCACUGAAUCAUCCUACCCCUCAGUGGGCAUGACUGUCAUAGCAGAGUAUAACUACACACCCAUGACAUCCCAAGACCUGGAGCUGAGGAAGGAUGAAGAGUACGCCAUCCUGGAGAUGUCUGAUCAGAACUGGUGGAAAGCAAGAGACAAAUAUGGAAAAGAAGGAUAUAUACCUUGUAAUUAUGUUGUUGAAGCCGAAAAUGGGCUGGAAAGAUUUGACUGGUAUUCCAAGAAUAUGAAUCGUAGCCAGGCAGAAAACCUGUUAAAGACUGAGAACAAAGACGGCGGCUUCCUGGUACGGGACUCAAGCAAGGCCGGGAAAUACACCGUGUCUUUGUUCACUAAGAGUGGCGGGGAAACAAGUGGAUGCUGCAGACAUUAUAACAUCUGCACCACUGCACAGGGCCAGUUUUACCUGGCAGAGAGGCAUUUUUUCAGCACCAUCCCAGAGCUCAUCAACUACCACCAGCACAAUGCAGCAGGUAUGGUUAGCAGGCUGAAAUACAUUGUAUCCAACCGGGCGCUGCCUCCAUCAACAGCAGGGCUUGGCUAUGGUGUGUGGGAGAUUGAUCCCCAUAACCUAACCUUCAUCAAGGAGCUGGGCACCGGUCAGUUUGGAGUGGUGAAGUAUGGGAAGUGGCAGGGACAGCAUGAUGUGGCCAUUAAGAUGAUUAAAGAAGGCUCCAUGUCUGAAGAUGAUUUCAUAGAAGAAGCCAAAAUCAUGAUGAAGCUACGGCAUGAAAACCUGGUACAGCUGUAUGGCGUGUGCACCAAACAAAGACCCAUUUAUAUAGUGACUGAGUUCCUUUCUAAUGGCUGCCUGCUGACGUACCUCAGGGAGGGCCUGAUGCAGCAUCCCACAGCUGUGCAGCUCCUGGAGAUGUGUAAAGACGUCUCUGAAGGCAUGGCCUAUCUGGAGUCACAGCAGUACAUCCACAGAGAUCUGGCUGCCAGAAACUGUUUAGUGGAUGGGAAUGGCACCAUCAAAGUGACGGACUUUGGACUGUCAAGGUAUGUCUUAGAUGAUGAGUACACAAGCUCAGCAGGAUCCAAGUUUCCCGUUCGUUGGUCACCUCCUGAGGUCCUCCUCUACUGCAAAUUCAGCAGCAAGUCAGACAUAUGGGCAUAUGGGGUUCUCAUGUGGGAGGUGUACACUUUGGGACGACUUCCGUAUGAGCGCCUUAACAACACGGAAAUAGUGGAUCAGGUGUCCCGGGGUCUGCGCCUUUUCCGCCCCCAGCUGACCAAUGAGAAGGUCUACAGCAUUAUGACAAGCUGUUGGAAUGAUAAAGCAGAUGAAAGACCCACCUUUCAGGAGCUGGCGCUGAUUGUCCAGGAUGUGCUAUACGAGCUCCAGUAGAUUUCCGAAGAGUCAAAAGACAUCAACACAAACAGACAGUUGAUCCCGCCACACCAGCAUCUCCAUCUGUCCCGGAAACACAAUCAUUGAGCCAGUUUACAGCUAGAACAUGGGACUUCACAGCUUCAGAGGUCCUCUGUAAUGUGAAUAUGUGAAAUAUGAGUUUUGCUUUAAAUCACUGAUUAGAUAAGCUUCCCAUUACAUUACUAGAAGUAAAGUCCUAUAUGUGUAUUUUAUUGACGGCGUUCUUUCUUUAUUGUAAUCUGUGUAUCGUAAUCUGUGUAAUGUAAUCCGUGAAAUCAGUGUGAAUUGUAGACACAUCUGCGUGUGGAAACAAGAUUUGUGAAAACUUCUAAUUGCACAAAUAAAAGCCAAGUAUGCAGGGCUUGGAAAUAAGGGAAUUAUCAUGGGAAAUAUACAUUACAAAACAUCUUAUAAAAAUUGUUGAUCUCACAUUAUAAUCCAAAACACAUUUUUUGUAGCGAUAAUACUUUCGCAAUGUGUGGUAUUAUUUGUUUAAGAAACUAAUAAAUAAUUUAUUGAAAAUGGCCGUUAUGAAAAAUGACGCAUGAAUGACGAUCAUCACCUGAAGAACGUGCUCUGUGAUUGGUUGAAGUACUUCCUACUUCCUGUGGUCCAUACAUACACGUGAAGGUCAGCAACAGAGCCAUAAGGCUUACAUAUUUGGGUAAAUAUUGCUCUUACGGCCGGUUUUUAGUUAAAUAUGAACAGCCAGGGAGCGACAGCGGACCCUCAGCUUCAGCACUUCAUCGAGAUCGAGACUCAGAAACAAAGGUUUCAGCAGCUGGUGCAUCAGAUGACUGAGGUUUGCUGGGACAAAUGUAUGGAUAAGCCUGGGCCAAAACUGGACUCCAGGACAGAAAUGUGCUUCGUUAACUGCGUGGAGCGAUUUAUAGAUACCAGCCAGUUCAUUCUAAAUAGGCUGGAACAGACUCAAAAGAGCAAGGGCUCAUACUCUGAGACCAUGUUGGAAUAAAAACUGUCACUGAAAGGACUGACGAGACACAUGCAUGUGGCCCCGGCUCUAUGACGAGGCUGACACCGCCGUCUGUAAUGAACUUUUUGUUCAAAUGGAAAAAGGAAAAACACAAGUGCCUCAGAUCAACACAACGUAUGGAUGCAGAAGUCUAGGGUUUAAGGCCAUACACUUAGCAGGAUAGGAACAACAUGCUCAGAUUGUGUUCUAUUGCUAGCAGUUACCUCAUGUUCUGUUUUUCAAGCAAAUUAUCUGGCCAGACUGAAUGUGGGUGACUGCAGAAAGAUGGACGCAUCACAAGGAUAUUCAGAUUCAGCCGUCUGUUUUUGAAAACAAGGACUCAACACACACCCUGCUGCAAUUUAAGAGAAGUAACAGAUGUAACAGAUGUCUUGACCGGAAAAAAGCGUGAGGUUCUGGAUUGUACAUAUGCAAUAAACAUAAUGCCAAAUCA